GUCGCAUAACCCUGCCGUGCGGCUCUUCCCCUUCAUCGAUCCCCAUGUCGAAGUGGCUGGGGUUGCGAAGAUCGGGCGCCCGGUCCCCCACAUCGGCGGCAAGUGCCCUUCCCCCUGAUGACGUUCCCGCUUUCCUAGGGAAGCAAGAUGGCAGCGGUGCGGCAUUUUCUGCACCAACGCCGAGGACGGGCCGGAGACGCUCGAGCGAGGAGACAGUUGACGCAGACACAUCCCGACGCUCGUCAAGAGAUGACGAGGACGCUCAGAAAGGGGCUGCACCCGCGGAUCAUGGGCGUGGUCCUGGUGAUAGUGUGUCAGACGAAUGCUGUGACUGGGAAGUGGUCCAACACACCUCUGCCGAUCUCUCAGGCCUUGUAGGUUUGGACGGUGAAGCGGAAGCCGAGAGACCUCUUUCUCCGGGGGUGGAUUUCAGCGCGGCGUGCAUGGUUGAUAGGGAGGGAGAGGAAGGGCGGCAGGCCGGAGCUAGUGCCUCUGGUUGCGACGGGAAUGACACCUGCAGAUGGAAAGACGCGGCCAGCAUCCAUAGCUUUCUUGUCCGCGGGCCAACAUAUCUUCAGGACAAAGCCAAGCUGCCGGCGGGAAGGGCUAUGUGCCGGCUUGUCGGGUUCGACUGCUUCACGGAAAACUCCAAGGGCACGACGAGGAUAGAUCACAUCGCUUCCAGGGGCACGUGCCGCGAGCGUGUGGAGGCGAUGACGUCAGGGGAUGAUGCGCCAUUUCUUUUCAUAAUGAACAUACAGGUAAGAGGAACGCCGCCGGUGUCGAUGGUGGCCUACUGGGCGGUCGAUCGGGAUGGCCUGGAAGAAGCGAAAGACGCAGCAACAGCGGCCGGCACUUUGCAAGGUGUUCCCAGUGAUCACAUCGACACAACGGAAGCAGCAGUGGAUGAGACCGACACAGAAAACGGAUUGGGGCAGUCGGUGGGCGAAUCGAACGGGCUGACGGGGGCUGGGCCACAAGGGGAGGGGGACGUUUCUGGACGGGAGAGUGUGUUCUCGAGGAUCGUUGCCAGCUACGCUGACAUUCCCGUGAGCACCUUCGGGGGAGACGAGUGCGCUAUGAUGGACACGGCACCGCCCCCACCCUACUCCGACGAGCGCAACACCAGGUUUAAGCUCAUUCCCAGGGUUAUUGGGGGACCGUGGAUGGUGAGGAAAGCGGUAGGCUCCACGCCAGUCCUGCUGGGUACCAAGAUCACUCACAGGUACUACCGAGGCGAGCGCUACGUAGAAACGGACAUGGACACCGGCUCUUCCCCCGCGGCGGCCAGCUUGUGCGGCCGGUGCAGAGGGCUGAGUCGCAAGAUUGACGUGGAGCUGGGGAUUGUGCUUCAGGCGAAUUCCGCGCAAGAGCUUCCGGAGGCUCUGCUCGGCGCCGUUCGACUCAACGGUUUCGGAGUGGAGGACCCUGACCUCCAGACCAAGCUAUACCAGUGAACCGUAUAUCUAGAUAUGGCACCAUUCCAUCCAAAUAAAGUGUAGAUACGGGCGUCCAAUGCGCUUUUACGUCAACGUAAAUCGGGGUGUUAAUUGUAUGGUGUGGUCUCCUUCAGAGGCGGGUACACGGAAUGGUGUCCUUCGGUGGCUGGAUGCGGCUAAGAAGUCCACUAAAUGUAGCGGUUGAGGGUAGGGAGUUGGUACAGCUGCAUGACUCAGACGCUUGAUAGACUCUGACAGCAGCUGUUUUCUGGCUGCAACAGCAAUCGUUUAGAGAAGCAAUAGAAGCCGUGGUGUUUUGGUGUAUUAUGCAAAACGCCCAGUGCGAAUUGUAAGAAAUCAUGCCUGGACGUAUCCAAGCAAACAGAGUAAUUAGUCGAUACAAGUGUGUUGCUUGUAGUAUCUAGGUCGACCCGAGAGGAAGGGCAAAACAAAGUGAGACG